CACGCGAGUGUUGGAGCUGAAGCUCGGCCAUGGCGAUCACUGCAUUCCGGGGCGCCGUUCAAUCCCACGUUCCUUUCCUCCUUGGCCGACCCAAGAUUCUGGUGAAGAGCAGUUCAAUGAGGUUGAGAAGUUGUAAUCGAAGGUUGAAUCGGGUUUCGGUGUUUGCUCGGUAUUCACAAGCUCAGAACAUUUCUACUCGCAUUCAAGACAGCAUAGACAAUUUGCCGAAGCUGGUGGAGGACAUUGUUCAAACUUCAAUCAGUACAGGACCUAGGGGUGCCUUUAGGCUAGCACAAGGCAUACAAGCUGUUCUUGCGGUUGGUAGUGAGUGGCUCACUGAUGUCUCCAAGUCUGAAAAUGCAUCUUCAGGAUUGCCAAGAGAAAUGCGGCUCGGAAUACUUUCGCCCCUUUAUCUACGAAAAUUAUUUGAACGACUCGGAGCAACUUAUAUCAAACUAGGUCAGUUCAUAGCAUCAGCACCAACAUUAUUUCCUCCAGAGUAUGUUGAGGAAUUCCAGAGCUGUUUUGAUCGAGCUCCACCGGUACCAUAUAAAGAAAUUGAGACUAUUUUGCGUGAGGAACUAGGGAGGCCAUUGGAUAGUGUGUAUGAGUACAUAGAUCCAGUGCCGAUUGCAUCAGCUUCGAUAGCUCAGGUCCAUGGUGCAAGGCUGAAAAACUCUCAGCAAGAAGUGGUGAUAAAAGUCCUAAAGCCUGGCAUAGAGGAUAUAUUGGUUGCUGAUCUGAACUUUGUUUAUAUUGUUGCCCGCCUUUUGGAGUUCUUAAACCCCGAGCUUCGCAGGUCAUCAUUGGUAGGUAUUGUCAAAGACAUAAAAGAAUCAAUGCUUGAAGAGGUUGAUUUCCAGAAAGAGGCUGCAAAUAUUGAAUCUUUCAGGAGAUAUUUAGAAGACAUGGGACUUUCAAGGCAGGCAAAGGCUCCGCAGGUUUACAGGCACUGCAGCACUCGGCGGAUAUUAACAAUGGAAAGACUCUAUGGUGUACCUCUUACUGAUCUUGAUUCCAUAAGAGCACUGGUGCCUGAUCCUGAAACUGCUCUUGUUACUGCACUUAAUGUCUGGUUUGGAAGUUUAAUUGGGUGUGAAUCAUUUCAUGCAGAUGUGCAUGCAGGAAACUUAUGGUUGCUUCGUGAUGGACGGAUUGGGUUCCUUGAUUUUGGAAUUGUUGGACGAAUAUCACCAAAGACAUGGGCUGCGAUGGAGAUCUUUUUGGCAUCCUUUGCCAAUGAAGAUUAUGAAUCUAUGGCUUCUGCAUUGGUUGAAAUGGGUGCUACAGAAAAAAAUGUGGAUACUAAAGCCUUUGCACAAGACUUGGAAAAGAUAUUCUCAUCGAUACAGGAUUUGGAUACAGAAAUUGUAGUCGCCACAGCGAGAAGUCCAAAUGCAAAUGCGGCUGCUAUAUCCGCCAAUGUCAUCGUUGAUGAGCGACAGAUGAAUGCCCUGUUCCUUGAUGUGGUUCGAGUUAGUGAAUCAUACGGGCUGAGAUUUCCCCGGGAAUUUGCUCUUCUCAUGAAGCAACUUCUGUAUUUUGAUCGUUAUACUCGAUUAUUAGCUCCCAACCUAAACAUGUUACAGGACCAGAGGAUCAGCAUUUCAUCUAGUAGAAGGAUUAGGAGGAUGCAACAGUGACUCAGUUCCUCAAAUGCAAAAUUAUAGCUCUUAUAGAUCCAUCAAUGGUUAUUUUAUAGAAGUCAUUGCUAUCAUUUGGGAAGAUAUGAUAUUGUGUAAUAAAAGUAUAUAUAGUGCAGUGAAAUUUUAACAUCAUCAAUGUCUAGGGGUUUGUAUGAAUGCAGUUAUUCUUGGAGUAUAAAAAUAUAAAGUACAGAACCGUGAGAAA